AUCGAGAUGGUUAAGGCAAACAGAGUUAUUUUUCUUGUGCUUGUGGCAUUAAUGUUCAUUGCAACAGUUAAUGGCGACACUACCUCGACCAUCUGCAAGGUAGAAGUUUCUGAGUUAGCUGAAUGUCUUCCGGCAAUAACCGGAAAAUCACCUUCAAAACCCAAUAAAAGUUGCUGCGCUGCAAUUCGCAAAGCUGACUUGCAUUGCCUGUGCAACUACAAGUCUGAGUUUGCCAAGUUUGGGGAUCCUACAAAGGCUAUGGCUUUGCCUAAACAAUGUGGCCUUAAGCUUCCACGAGAAUGUAACAAGAAAUUUUUCUAGACGUCGAUGUAGGGCCGUGUCUUGAUCAGUUGAUAGAUCGUUGCAUUCCAUAUUUUCAUUAUAUAUUUUUUUUUAAUUUGAAUUAGUGUUUGUUUGUUUGAGAAAUUUAAUGAAUGUUCUUUGUUAAAA